AGCGGAGCACGUAACCUGCUUACAAAUUAACACCACAACCAAAGUCGGACAGCGUGAGUGAGUUUCUCCUCGUCCUCCUCUCCUCUCCUCUUCUCUCUCAUGAGCCAUCUUCUCGGGCUGCGGCUCUCCACUUUCCACGAUGCCGCGUCGCCGCCGCUGCUGCUGCUGAUGCUGCUCCACUUCUGACCGACUUCCCCCGGCUGCUCCGCACAGCCGGAGCCCGCCCGAGCAGCAGCAGCGAGCCCCUGCACGGCUCUCUGAUCCCCGCUGCUGGGCGAAAAGAUAAACCGACAACGGCACUGCGGGAGGUGACAGAUCCAGAUUCACAUCGAGCCUCUGCAAUAACCGCGGAGACAUCGGCCAUGCCAGAUCUGCACAAGGGGGGAAAUCUUGAUAAGUAUGAGCCGGGUUUUUUUUUUUUGUUCCGACAAACUCGGGGUCUGCUUGGUGUGGCAGUGGCGAUGACUUUCCCCUGAAACAGCCUCGAGAUGAGCCUUCUCCUGCAGCCUGACUCUAUACAAACACCCGGACUGUGAGAGGAGGACUUUAUCACCGAGCCCGGCUCAUCAACGACAAUAAAAGAGACUUUAUUGGUCACCGACUGCGCCUCUACUUGGAGGAGGACAAAGCACACAUUACGCGCUGCAAAUCAAGCCAGAAAGGAUCGAGCCCAAGUGCAAGACGAAUGGUUUGGGCAUGGUGCCCACGCCCCAGGUGUGCGUAUCAACCCUGGUCACAGUGAGCACGAUGGCAGUGGUCGACCUCUACCUGCUGGAGCAGAGCAUGCUGGGGGCUCGUGGGCUUCCAGGACCUGGCGUGUGGCAGUGUGCGGCAGUGUUGCUAGGUGAUGUGGGAUUCUUGCUCGCUCUGCGCUUCGUGUCAGCCGGCGUGGUGUCAGAGGCGCGGUCGCCGCGUCGUGGUUUUGCCAACGCCCUCUGGUUCCUGUUCCUGUCCCUGCUCCAGCUCAAGCUCUUCUUCGUCUGCCACAACUACAGGCAGGAGCGCCGGCCGCCCGACCCACUGGCCAGGAAGACGCUGACGCUGUUGCUGUCCAUCUGCCUGCCCUCCCUGUUUCUUAUCCUGACGGGAGCUGACCACAUGACUCCGCAGCGCAGGAAGCAGGAGGUGCGGGGCCGGCUCCUGUGGGUGGUGGUGGACCUGCUGGAUGUGCUGGACCUGCAGGCGGGGCUGUGGGAAGCCCAAGGUGGGGCUGCAGCAGGGACUGGAGGAGUCGUUGAGCAGAGGUUGCCCAUCUGGGCCGAGGGCCUGGUCUUCUUUUACUGCUACGCCCUCCUGCUGCUGCUGCCAUGUGUGGCUCUCACAGAGCUGGGGGCCACCGGCCUGCCUGGACAGAGGGGGCCCCGUAAGGAGGCUUUGUACCCAUGGCUCAGCUUGGUCACGAUCAACAUCUUCACCUUGGCCCUGAGGGGCACAGGUAUGCUGUGGUACAGGGACCCCCGUGUGUCCACCGUGUUCCUGGGGAAGAACCUGCUGGCUCUGGCUGUGAAGCUGAGCUCAGCCUGGGAGAAACACAAGCAGGAGCGUGGUGCUGCAGGAACUGGUACUGUGGCUGGAGCAGAACCAGGAGACUCAACCCUGCCAAGUCAGAGCUCAGAGCAGGGAGAGGGCCAGGCCCAGGGGAAAGCUCCUCCUUCCCAUUAUCACUCACUGUCCCGCUCCCAAAGCCACACUCUCUCCCACGUCAGCCUGGAGCCCACAGAGACGCCCUUGGGCCCCUCUUUCAUCUCCCAUGAACUCUAGAGAGUCACUCUGAACAGGCACGCAUGCACAAAAGCAUGUGAUCACACCCACACUUUAAAACUCGGACCAGCGGAGCCUGUAUCACAUCCAAACAGAUAACUUGUAUUGAAUUUCAGUACAACAGUGAUGGGUAUAAUGCAGAGCUGUGGAAAUGCAUUUGGCAAGCUUUGCUUUCUGCACAUUUUGUUGUGCUAAGAAUAACUCAAAAUGUAUUGCUGUGAUUUGUGGGAGUGUAUUUUUUAAAUUGAACACUGUGAACACAUCUAUCAGCCUGUAAAGAGUAUUCCAGAAGUGUAUGUAUGAAGUCUAGUAAUGUUUAUUCCCUCCUUUAAUCCGCGCACAGCUUCUCAAACUGCCACAGAUUUGUCUUAAGUUGUUGCAUUGAGACACCUUUUUAAUUCUGAUUUCUUGCUACUCCAUAUACAGUAUCUCAUCUCAAUUUACUUGUUUGUUGAAUUUAAAAGUUCAGUAUGUAUGAUGUAAGGGGAUAUAUUGGCAGAAACGGAAUAUAAUAAGUAUGUUUUCAUUAGUUCAUAAUCGCCUGAAAAUAUGAAUUGUUGGGUUUUCGUUACCUUAGAAUGAGCUGUUUAUAUCUACAUGGGUAGUGGGUACUUGUCUACAGAAAUCCAUGUUGCAUCGGCAUGUUUCUACAGUAGCCCAGAACAGACAAACCAAACACUUUGUCUCGACAGGGCCACUUGUGUUUUCAUGUCUUCGGGUCGGCCACAAUAGUUAGCAGCCCAUCCGCAACGACAGUGACUUUAUCACAUUUUUUCCCAGUUUAAAUCACCUUGUCUCUUUUGGAGAGAAAGAGACCUCUGCAGAUAAUUUGGCUCCUGGUAAAAACCUCCUAAGCAUCUGGAUCUUAGUUUGUCAGAGAAAAAAGUUGAGCACACAUUAGCAGAUGCGAGGCUAGUGGCCUGUCUCCAACAUGCCAGACAGUGUUGGAGAAACACUGUUUUUUUAACAUGAAACUGCUUUAUUCAGUAUUUUUAUCAGUUUAAAUCACCUGGUCUGUUUGUUUUGGGGAGGAAGAAACCUCUGUGGAUAAUUUGGCUCCUGGUAAAAACCUCCUGAACAUCUGGAUCUUUGGUUGUCAGAGAGAAAAAGUGAGCACACAUUAGCAGGUGCUGGGCUAGUGGCCUGUUUCCAACAUGCCAGACAGUGUCGGAUAAACACUGAUUUGUAACAUUAAACUGCUUUAUUCAGUUUUUCACUGGUUUAAAUCACCAGGUCAGUUUGUUUUGGAGAGGAAGAGACCUAUGUGGAUAAUUCAACUCCUGGUAAAACCUCCUGAACAAUGAAGGAAUUCUAACCAGGAGAAGUUUCAGCUGGUUGUAAUCUGUAGUCCUCAUCGCUAGCUGCCACUAAAUCCCCCUAAAUCUCACACACUGUUUCUUUAAGUUCAGGUCAUGUGAUUUGUGGGGAAAAUUAGAUCAACGCUUGCCUGCCAUUAGAUGCCAAAAUACAGACUGUGACCUUUACUGUACUUUUUUUUUCUGUCACUUUACAGGGACAUUUCACAGAGAAAAGUUUAAUACAGAGAGGAGUGAUGAUUUAUUUUUCCCCUCAGUACCACAGAGCCAUGAUUCAAAAGCCAUCUGCCUGUAAAACUCACACUCACAGCGCUCCAGUAUUUCAAUGUGGAGUUGAACCCAGUGGAUCCAAACCGUUCUGGCUGGUAGCCCUUUAAAUCAACAUCUACCACGACUACAAGUGAUGUUCCCUUCUUAGACUUUUCUUACUUGAUAGAUUUUAGAGGUCUGAAGAGAUCAAUUAUGCUGUUUUUCCACAAUAAAAAAAGCAAAAGUUAGAGAAGAAAAUAAAAAAUAAUGUGUGUAGGAGGAUGUUUUCCAUCUUUUUAGUACUCUCCUCACCUCCUAGAUUUAUCUCGCAACCCAGUGGAGUGUCCCCACGCCAAGUGUGGGCAAAACAAGUGUCGUGGUGCCAGAUUUUCAUUCAAACCAAAAGGGAACACCGCCUGACAUCACUUAUUAGUUGUCUGGCAGGGAAUAUUAAUCAGUGAAAUCACUCACUGUGGUGUUUGGUUGGAGUGGAAACCUGCAGACUCAUGGGCCUUAUGGUCGCCCAUCCCUGCCAAACUGUGUCUUCGGUGUAAUGACAUCUUUUAUUUGAUUUAAAUGCUGAAUACGAACGUCAACUAGAGAUGAUUUUCGAGAUGCAUACUGUGUAGUCACAUUUAUUUUAGGACCACUUCUGCUGUUAAUGUUAAAAGCACCCCGCGGCGAUCUUAACACAACAAAAUGUGCAUAACUCAAGAUGCCAACUACUUAUGAGAGACACUGUUUCCAUAAAUAAAUCAUCUCGGUGGUGGGGCUUAACGAUGGGCAUUUUGCAUCAUCGUAAUCCUAUUGCAACACAAACUACAGUACAGGUCUAUUUUACUACAUUGUUUACAAAGACAGAAUACCAAUGUAAGUAAUCCCUUUACUGUUUCAAAACACACUUAAAAUUCAUAUUUUGCUGUCGUCUGUACUCGUCUGUCAGUCACUUUCAAAAAGAAAAAAAAAAAAAAACCUGGCCAGCUGCCUGUCCGACCGCUUACAUCCCUUUAUUCACUUUAGAUGAAAGAGUUAACUUUUUGAUUCCAUUAUGAAUAAUGAAUGAAACUUUUCAUUCGCUGAUGUGUUAACAUGUGGGUGUAGUAAUAUUCGGGCAUCAUGGGAUUAUGGGUCAGAGCAGCAGGUGUAGAGGAUGUACAGUACAGCCAAGUGCCUUGUUUCCUCAUGGAGCUACGAGCCUCUGUGUUGUCUCUGCGUGCACGUCAUGUGUACCAUGUGGAACUUGGACAUACGCCAUUUGUAUACUGUGAAGUUAUUCCUCAGCUGUUGUCGACUACACCUCCAGGACAGAGCGCAAAC